CUUAAUUUUGAUUUUAAGCUAGAAUGAAUUAUCUUUUCAUACCGUUACUAUGUAAUUUUUGAACAGCACAAACCUUACGUAAUUUAGUUACAGUGUAAAUCCAGUCCUUAAUUAAAUUACUGAUUGUCCCAUACUUAAAACAAUGGAUAGGAAACGACAAUUGUCAUAUGUAUAUGUGGUGUUUAUCUGGACUUUCGUAAUUAUUUAUGCGGAGGAUUAUACAAUUGAGGCAGAGGACAUGUCAAUAGGAUCUGCUCCGGUUAUAACAAGAGUCACUGCUUCAGGAAAUAAAUCAGUCCUAUUGAAACAAGGAGAAGAAAUUCACUUCGAAAUAUGCAUGAUGGCAACAACGGAUAUUCGCCUGUCAAGUGUCAUAUAUUCCAACGAUGGACCAAGUGAUAAGGUUCGUGUACAGAUUGACGAUAUGAAUUUAGCAGUCAUCGAAACAGUGACUUUAAUGGAAGGCGGACGUGGAUGGAGUCUGUUUAGAUCUCCUCUUGGUCCAUUUGCAGAUUACAAAAUAACGCAAGGGAAACAUCUGUUAAAAGUAAUUUUGCUACAAAGCGAUCCGUAUGGUGUAGAGAUUGAUGCUGUCAAUAUUAACAUGGAUACUAUUCAGCCUAAAAGUUUACGCUCGUGUGAUGUAUUCUGUUUCAAUGACGUCAGGUUCUUUGAUGAUGUACGAUUGUCUACAAAUUCCAGCCUAGCAACAGCGUUUCAGAAAAGCUACAAGACGACAUGCGCUGAGGUUGACAACGUUAAUGUACCCGUCAUUCAUGAGUCGGCAAAGAAAUUUGUUGUUACAGCAAGCUCUCCGAGAUAUACAACUUUUGUGAACAAUCGAGACGCCGAUUGGUCGGGCUGUAAAACGAAUGGGCCUUACUUUCAAUUUUUCGGUGUUGACCUUUCUAAAGGCAGAACAUUCAAAGACAGAACUACAUCACUUUCUAUUAGUAUCCAUCAAGGACUCGGCUUUAAACGCGAUGACUUUGGUAUAAUUGGGGAUUAUGAUAUAAAUUUUAGCUUACCUGGACAGGCGGCUGGUUCAAUGGAUUCGGAGAUAGGGUCACUGACAGUCUUUAAGAAUUUGAGGUUCAAUGGAACCAUGACAGUGACAUUUGAGUAUUUCAACCGCUACGAUCAAUGGAUUGGGGGUCAGUCUAAAUCAUUUACAAAUUACUUAGAUGCAUUAGUUUUUCAAACACCAAAGUUCAGCUUCCGUGAAGGCACUGGGAACUUAAUAAAGAUUAAAUUUUACACGAAUGAGACCAACACCGACACUUUCCAAAUCGAAGAACUUUCUAUGAAGCGAAGUAGACAAAAGGAAGAUACUAGUACAACAAUAUACACGGAUGCAAACACAAUUAUAGAGACUGUUGAUGUUGACUUAUGGUGGAGGAUGAACGAAACAAUGACCAUUUCUCUUACACAUACAGGAGAGACAUUUCACGACGCGGACUACUUCCGUGUGGUACGUCGCGUGCUGUGGAUGCCUGAGAGCUGGUCGCAAGUAUUUGUCAUGUACCAAGAUGGAAACAUACGUCUGUUGACUCUAACUCCUCACGGGUUAGACUGGAUACCGUUUGGUUCAUCAUUUAUUGUUGGACAAACUGACCCCAGCCAACAAAGACCAUUCGCUUCCAUUGUCCACGUAGACAUUGACCCUAUAUCACUGCAUUUGGUCAUAUUUUACAAAGAUGGCGGCGUUGUUGAAAUGGACAUUGUAACAACGGAGCGAGAAACGAAACUACAAAUUACUGACAGUACAUUUACCCGUGACUUAAACAAAUUUCCGUUUUUCACAUUUCGGUCAAUGUAUGUUACUGAUGGAAACAGCGACGUCGACCAUAUCUCUGUGGACAACAAUUACCAAACAAAGGGAAUUAUGGAACCAUGGGAUACUUUGCAAGGAACUAACUUCGUAUUCCACAGAAAGUGUAUAUCAAAACACAAUACUCUGAGUCCUGAUAUAAGUUUGAAAAUACUAUAAUAUUUUAGUUUGGCUUCUGUUCUUCUCCGGGAAGUAAACAAACAUUGUCCAAAUUCCAAGACUGGUUUACUCAUCAUCUCAAGUUAUUAGAUGUUUGAUUUCGGUUUGAUGAAUGUUGGUAUAAAAUGAUAUAUAAGCGGUAUUAAAAGAAAUAUCAGAUUAUUUUCCUAUUUCAUUAAAUACAACCAUACAUGAUUUAAUGUAUUAAAAACUACUGAAAAUCCUGAUUGAACUUUUAGCAAUUAAUGUGCUUAUGAAUGAAAUUUAAUUCAAAAUUUACUACAUUUUCGUAUACAAAUCUAAUUCACCUUAAUUGGCAUUUUGUUCGUAGAAGGUUUGUUACUUCAAAAUGGAAACCUUAUUCAAAAGCAAAUCGAUAAAAAACAGAAACUGUUGUUUAGAUGAAUACUUUUAUCUACAUUCCAAUUUAUUGAUUCAUGGAAUUGUUA